UACAAUUGAAAAUAAAAUUUCUCAAUUUUAGAGCAUAAAAGAUAAAGUUUGCUACAACCUAAAGCACACAUAUUCCGAGCACAACAAAGUUUGCAAUAACUGAAAAGAAAGCAGGCAUAUUCCAGUGCAACUCCUGCAGGAUAACAAAAGCAAGAAGCAAUGCAAACUGGGAAAUCUCCACCCCCUGUGAAAUGGAUACAUUUCGCGCAGUUUCUGCUGCUUGUCUCUGUUGCCUGUGAAGAGAAGAGUGCACGCACGCACAAGCACUUAACAAAAGCAUGUUGCCUUAUGCGGUGGUGGAGUUCCAAAAUGGCGGACUGGCGGUAAUAUCCACGAAGUGGUUUACAGGCCCGGAAGAAGAAGAAUGCUACUGGCCACCCCCGAAAACCAACUUCACAAGGGCAGCAAUAAAGGAACGAGAUCCUUCCAGUGACUGGAUAACCUUCAAAGUCACAGUGAGGAGAAAAGCUGCAACAUAUGAAAGUGCACAUGCAAAAUUAAUGCAAGAGGAACGUAGACAUACUGACGUAGGUACAGAGCCUGAGUGUUCGGACAGUAUGGGCCGGGGGAAGCGAAGAAAGCGGCCAGUUGUCAUGUCCAGCGAGGAUGAGGAGAAUGAUGACAUCCAUCCUCUUCCUCCUCCACCCGGGGCUCUGCGAACGCCUCCACCUCUUCCUCCUCCACCCGGGGCUCUGCGAACGCCUCCACCUCUUCCUCCUCCACCCGGGGCUCUGCGAACGCCUCCACCUCUUCCUCCUCCACCCGGGGCUCUGCGAACGCCUGCAGAGACGCCUGCAGCUGCCGAGUCUUUCAUCCCAAGACAAAAUAUUUGGGAUGGCAUGUUUCGGCAUAUUUUGAGACUACUGGAGGACCUGAAAGACACUCAAGUGGAACAUGGGAGAAUUCUCCAGGCCCUCAUGCAAAAUCGUCAAAACAUGCCUGACCUAAUUCGCACCACUCCUGAAGGUUUCCCCCUAAAGACAAUGACUGAUCUAAUGUCCAUGGAGGAGAAACUGCAAGACCCCACCUUCAUGGCAGAACUGAUUGCAGCUGUGGCUGACAUUGGAGGGGCCACUGUUGACGGGGCCACCCGCCGUAUGAUGGCCUUCCUCCUUGAACACAAGUUUUCAAGAGAGUUCAACUUCUUGGGAAGAAAUGGCAAGAGGGGCUUCAAGCCCCUCAAGCUGUUUGAAGUCGUUUAUGGAGCUUUGAAGAAGAACACGAUGACUCAUACAAUCACAAGGAAGGAUGCGGAGAAGGCAGUCUCCAAAUGGCUCAUUGGGGCUAGGGACGGGGGGGGGGGGGGGGGGGAAUAG